AUGCAAUCAGCGGCGAAUCUUCCUGUGAUAUGGAAUCUGUCGCUGCGCGGGUCAUCCUCCAAAGUCCAAAUACUGAACCUUAAGCAUCGAAAGGCUCACGCGCUUCACUGCCUAAGAUCAGAAGGGAAUGAAGAGUUUGAGAAUUCUCAGGAAAAUCUUGGACUAAAUUAUGUUACAAAAGAAGAAAAACCUAAAGACAUAUGGAACCUCUUUAGAGAAGCUCAACAAAAUAUAUUUUUAUUAAACAAGAAACGCCUAGCUGCAGUUGAGGAGUUAGAGAAGCUGAAGAAGGAGAAAGAUGAAUUGCUUGAGAGGAUUAAUCAGUUGGAAGCAGAGAGCAGUCAAGCUGUAACCAAGAAAGCAGACAAGUCUUCUCUACUCUGGGAGUUGCUUCUCCGUAUUGAUUCAAUGGUGAUCAAUGGGUUGACUGGCGUUGAAGAAGCUUCAUCGUUGAGAAAUAUGGUUAGGGAACAUCAAGUUAACAUGUCUGAGUUUCCUAUUCAUGUUCUGCAACAAGGAGAUGAUGCUGAAGUUUUAGCAGAACUUAGACGGUUCCCAGCUAAAGGCAGGAAUGGUCUCCACGUGAUUCAUAUAUGCACUGAAAUGGCUCCAUUAGUCUCUGUUGGCCCUUUAGCCUCAUACAUUACAGGACUCUCUUGUGCACUCCAAGGAAAGGGCUACUUGGUUGAAGUUAUUUUGCCAAAAUAUUCAACACUUGAUUUGGAGGAAAUUGAAGGGCUCCGGGAAAUCGAAGCUGAUGCCUAUUCUUACUUUAAUGGCCAGCUGCAUGCAAACCGAAUAUGGAAUGGAGUUGUGUCUGGAAUAGGAGUGACACUUAUUCAACCAUUGUAUUACGUUUCAAUGUUUAGCCGUGACAAAGUAUAUGGCUAUCCAGACGAUGUAGAUAGAUUUGCCUACUUUUCUCGUGCUUCGCUGGAUUACAUUGCAAAAUCUGGAAAGCAGCCUGAUGUGUUACACAUUCACAACUGGCAAACUGCAAUCGUUGGACCUCUCUUUUGGGAUGUUUUUGCUAAUCAGGGACUUGAAGGUACGAGAGUACUCUUGACAUGCCAAGAAUUUGACUCAAAGUGUCUUGUGCCUCCUGAGAAGUUGGAGCUAUGUGGGCUUGAUCCAGCUAGUCUUCAUCGUAUUGAUCGCUUACAAGAUAACACGAAUCCACAAGUGGUUAAUAUUUUGAAGGGAGGUAUUGUCUACUCGAACAAAGUUGUAGUAAUGCCAUCCUCAGAUUCUGAAGGAAGAACACUCCAUCAUCCUGGUCUCGAACCAACUCUUGCUGUUCACAAGGAGAAGUUGUUUUUUGCUCCCUUUGGAUUGGACAGCUCAACAUGGGAUCCUUCAAGAGAUGUUUAUCUCCCUGAAAACUACAGUGUUGAGGAUAUAAGAGGAAAAUCAAUCUGCAAAGUUGAAUUGCAGCGUCAGCUUGGUUUAGUGGAGGAUGCUUCAACCACCAUUGUAGGGUGCGUUUUCUCAGAAAUAUCAGAUGUUGAUCUUGAGAGCUUCAAGUCACUUGUUCGGAACACAGAAAAUAGUGAUGUCCAGUUUGUUAUAAUGUUAAUGAAUGAAGAUCAGAUGAUAAGCAGGAAGGUGGAGACAAUUCAAGAUGAAAUUGAGGGAAGAAAUUUGAAGAUUGUGACAGAAGACAAGCAAGGUUUUUCGCAUCUGGUUUUUGCAGGAUCAGACAUUAUGCUGUGCAUGAAUUUUCAUGAUCCAGUUCUACAAGUCCCUGUCAAAGCUUUGAGAUAUGGAACAAUACCAAUAGAAGUUAACCGCAAAACCGCCGGAUUUAGCGACUCCACGUUUGGGAACAUGUCUCUACGCCAAGCUUUGGACCUUAGAAAGAAGAAUCCAAGGCUGUGGAACUUAAAGAUAAUGGAAGCAAUGGAGAAAGACUUUUGCUGUGACAUCCACGUCUCUGCUUAUACUUCCAUUAAGAACAUGUGA